AAAAGAGAUAUUUUUAUCUAAAAAAAUCAUAAGAUGGGCUGGAGGGAACCACCUGCUCCUCACCCUUCAUCCUCGUAGCACCCUCGAGGUCCCUUUUUGGGGUGCCCCGACACCCCAGAGCAAAGCAAUCUCCAACAGCAAGCGUUUUCCCCUCCUGCAUCCCAAAAUAAACUUUUUGUUUUGAGAGUCUGUUCUCCCCCAGCUGAAAAAAAAAAGCUGUAAAUGCAGGAAAAGGAGGUGAAGAGGGUGCGGGGUGGAGCUGGAAGGGAAAUCACGGAGGUUUUGCUUGUGGGCAGGUGCCCUUGCAGGAGAGGGUUGCGCCUCGGCAGCCUGCUCGUUCCCACCGGCCGUAUCCAGGUGAGGCAGGAGCACCUACGGAGGUGGAACCCCCAAAAUGAAGGAAAUGAGGGAUUAUUCCGGAUUUUGGGGUGUGGAAAGGAGCAAGCGGGCAGGAAGGCUUUUCCCAAAGAUGCUUCUGAUGAGCAUCACCCAAGUGCUCAGAUGUGGGGCUUGGUGUUCUCCACGAUGGCCCGAUAUGGUUACAGCCUUGAGAUGAAGCCGGAGGCGCGUGUUGCCUGUCAGGUGACGAUGGCGGUGCUGUUCAUAGCGCUGCUCGUCACGGCCAUCACUUUUGCAGUGCAGGCUUUUCAGCCUCGUCCCCAACCCUGCUUUCGGUGUCCGUUCGACUGGAUCGGGUACAGAGGAAAAUGCUACUAUUUUUCGGAGGCUGAGGGGAACUGGACAUCCAGCCAGGACAAUUGCUCAGCACUUGGUGCUUCCUUGGCCAUGCUUGACAGCGUGGAAGACUUGAGCUUCGUGAUAAGAUAUAAAGGGAUCUCAGAGCAUUGGAUCGGCCUUUCACGGGAAGAUGAGGAGCAGCCAUGGAGAUGGGUGAACCACUCGCAUUUAUCUCACCUGUUCCAGAUCCACGGUGGUGGCCUCUGCGCCUACCUGAACAGCAACGGGCUCAGCUCCUCCCGCUGCAGCACCGAGAGGAGCUGGGUUUGCAAUAAGCUUGAGCUGCAGAGCCCGAGCAAGGGCAACGGGACGAGACGGGCUCAAAACCUUUGCAUCAGCUCCUAAGAGGCUGCGCGGAGUGCUCCUUAAACCCAAAUACCUGGUGCACGGUAGGGAAACAAAACAAAAACCUCAAAAAAACCCACAGAAAAAGCAAACUCAGAGAAAAAACCUAUUGCCAAAAUUUGCUGAUAAGAACCAAAGUUGUUACGUGUUUGCAUUUGCCAACCCAACUUUGCCAUAUGACCAACGAAAAGUAUCUGGUGAUUACUCACAGUAAUUGAGUGCAAUUACCCUUGCAGUUCACACCUGGUAAUGACUUAUUCAUAACCCCAUCACAAUUAAAUGUCAGAGCAAGAGGAAAGCCGUAGCUGUACCGAUGACUCUAGAAGGACUCUAGAGGCUGAAGCUUAGCAAGAUGUCUGCAGCCUUGCACCGUGCAACCAGAAAAGUGGGCAAAUGCCAUAGGAUUUUUUCUUUUCCCACUUUUUGUGAAGUUAAAGCAGCAACCUUCAGGCUUGGUUGGCUGAGAAAAGCCUCUUGACACCUUACGAGUAUGCGGAGAUGCUGCAAGGAUGGACAAUACUUGCAAGACCUCCAAGAAUUUGCUGCUCUUGUCUUCGGGAAAAGCCUAAGCUGCAAAGCCCCCAAGUCAACCUGUGACCAUACGUGGCUCUGUAUCAAGAGCAAGAUGAAGGUGAAGAAAUUUCCACGCAUCAAAAGUCAGAUUGUUCUCUCCAAGGACACAGCUCCGGGGGGUGGGACAGCGACAGGAUUGGGGAGGAUCUGCCAAGUCAAGGUUGGAGCAACCAGCUCCAACUGGUUGGAGAAAGAAGGUGACGUCUUCACCUUAACGUGCCAGUGAGGUUAGGUAUAAAAAGUUUUUUUAAAAAAAAGGAGGAGUAAAAGAGAAGGUUUUCUCUGUACAUUUUCAUGGAAUGCUGUGUCCAGGAAAGACUUUCAAGCAUCUCAUCUUGAUGAAAGCUGACACAUUUGCAUGGACAACAACGUCCAGGAGAGACUUUUUUUUGACGAGCAUCUCAACUUGGGGACUGUGGGUGAAGGUGUCAACAUGAGGAUAGUAGGAUUUUAGCAGCACUUUAAUUUUUAGUGGUAUUUAGCAGUAAUAGCUAAAGGAUCCAGCUUUUUCCCAGGACUGAUGAAAUCCUUUGGUUUUUUCCUCUUUUAGCAAUUUGGUGAUCAUUGUCUUCUCAGAUGGUCUCCCAGCAAUGUUUCACCAAAGUGAGGGGGUUUUGGGGGCAGAAUUAUGGAUGUCCUUGGCUCGUGGAGUUGGCAGCUCUGUCUCCUGGGAUCAACAGGGUUUAGCCCAGCACAGCCCAGACCCUGGGGAAACGGUUCCUGCUCCCCCUCCACGCGCAUCCUCACCCCGCGAAAGGACCAUCUUCAGGGCAGCUGCUGUUUUAGCAUCGUGUAACACUCAGUGACAACUAAAUUUAGUAUUUUUGAAGGCUUUUAACGCACCCUUGAGCUGCUGGCGAGAUUUUCACAAGACAAGAUGGUCUGAGGGCAGUAUCAGAGAAACGACGCCCAAACUGUUUAGCAAUAAUUUCAUAAUUACUGCUGGAAAACAGCCAAAUUUAACCUGGAGUAGGGCACUAUCUAUCACAUCAUCAUCAUCAUCAUUAUCAUAAUCAUUAUUAUUAUUAUUAUUAUUAAUUGUUACUGGUACUAUCGCUAUUACUAUUAUUGCAUGUGCGGGUUAAACAACAAUGCUGAGAGUUACAGCCCAUUUUCCUCCCCAUGGUAAACACAUGCUUCAAAUAUUGUAGCUCGAAAUCCACUUUCCCUGGAUCCCAACCAACUCUUGCAGCCGAAAUGAGAAUUGCAGCAAGAGACCUCGCACCUCUCUGUUUAGAUAAGCGCGGCUGCUUGGGCUUAAAUUUAGGCUUUUUUGGGUGCUUUUCAGACCCGUUCUGCCUGCAAAAGUGUUGCAAAGUGGGACAUUAAUUUAUUAUAUCAUGCUUUUAGCUUAGGAGACCUCACUUGCAUUUCCAUGGAGUUACAUGUGCACUGUCCCACCCUUUCUUUAUUUGAGGUGAAACAUUAAAAAAAUGAGAAAAAGCCUAGAAUUAUAUCUAAUAUAUAUAUAUAUAUAUCUCCUAAUAAUAGGAAAAGACCUAGAAUUAAAUCUCUGCUGUUAAUGAGGAAAUACUGAGUGUUUAUCGGCCUCUUUGAGGAAAAGAGCAAAGAAAAAAAAAACCCACCUGCAUUUUUUGGUCUUCCCGCAUGCCUUGAACCCGCAGGAUUCACCCCUGCAGGAUCCAUCAGAUGGAGAUGGAAUAGCUGCAAUGAAAACACCAAGUGAGGAAUUUUCCCAGAAAUUUCAAAAAAAUUGAUGGAUGAACAGGCAAAACUUUGCCCUUUUUUUUUUUUAAUGCAUUUUGUGAUUUCUCUUCGGUUCUGUCUCCUUGCACCAGGCGCUGCUUAAUUCACAUGCGUCGGUUUUAAAGGUGUUGUUUUUUAAGCAGCUGACGCUUUUGAGAUUUUUUUUUUCUGCACAAUACGUUAUUCCCAUUUGUUACAGACUGAGUAAUUACUUGUGGCGACUAUAUGCAAUAAAAAUUUAUUGUUGGUUAAUGAA